CAGAUAACUACGUCACGCAGGCGCGACGUUAACCCAGGUCCAUGAGUGCGUGGAGUCCGGCGGCAGAGCGACAUCGUGCUCACACCUUAAACCAUGGAGGAAAAACGCGUGAGUUCCAGCAGACAGGAAGCAAAGAAAGCCCCAGGAAAAGGGAGCGAUGACCCGGUGAAAUGCUUCGAGAAGUGGAAGAAGAAGUACGCGAAGGGCAGAGUGCGGGUGAAGCACAACAGGGCGCAGAAGAAGAAGCCCGAGUGGCAGCUGGAAAGGGAGUACAUCGAGCAUCUAGUGAGCAAGUAUGGCGACAUCAACAUCGCGGAUAUUGUCAAGUUUUCGGACUUCCCGAUCUCGAAGAAGACCCUGUUGGGUCUGCAGGAGGCUCAGUACCGCCAGCCCACGGAGAUCCAGAGGCAGACCAUCGGCUUCGCUCUGCGGGGCAAAGACGUCCUCGCUGCGGCGAAGACCGGUUCCGGGAAGACCUUAGCCUUCAUCAUUCCGGUGCUGGAGUGUCUGUACCGCCAGCAGUGGAGCUCCAUGGAUGGCCUCGGCGCCCUUAUCAUAUCCCCAACCAGAGAACUUGCCUACCAAACCUUCGAGGUUCUCCGCAAAGUGGGCAAAAACCACGAGUUCUCCGCGGGACUCGUCAUCGGUGGCAAGGACCUGAAGAGCGAGUCGGUGCGGAUCUGCCGCACCAACAUCGUGAUCUGCACCCCGGGCCGGCUGCUGCAGCACAUGGACGAGACGGCCACCUUCCACGCCAGCGGCCUGCACAUGCUAGUCCUGGACGAGGCGGACCGCAUCCUGGACAUGGGCUUUGCCGACACGCUCAACGCCAUAGUGGAGAACCUGCCCAUGUCCCGACAGACCCUGCUCUUUUCCGCCACGCAGACCAAGAGCGUGAAGGACCUGGCUCGCCUCAGUCUGAAGGACCCGGAGUACGUGUGGGUCCACGAGAAAGCCCGGUUUAGCACACCGGCCACCUUGGACCAGAGCUACGUGGUGUGUGAGCUGCACCACAAGGUCAACAUGCUCUACUCGUUCAUCAGGAGCCACGUGAAGAAGAAGAUCAUUGUGUUCUUCGCCUGCUGCAAGGAAGUGCAGUACCUGUUCCGAGCCUUCUGCCGCCUGAGACCCGGCAUUCCCAUCCUGGCCCUGCACGGCAAGCAGCAGCAGAUGAAGCGGGUGGAGGUCUACAACAGCUUCGUGAAGAAGCAGAGCGCCGUGCUGUUCGCCACAGACGUCGCUGCCAGGGGCCUGGAUUUCCCCGCCGUCAAUUGGGUUCUGCAGUUCGACUGUCCGGAGGACGCGGACACCUACAUCCACCGGGUGGGCCGCACGGCCCGCUACAAGGAGGGCGGGGAGGCUCUGCUGCUGCUGCUCCCCUCCGAGGAGAAGGCCAUGCUGGCGCAGCUGCAGGAGAAGAAGGUCCCCAUUAACCACAUCCAGGUGAACCCAGACAAGGUGCAGUGUGUGCAGCGGAAGCUGGAGGCCUUCCUGGCCCAGGAGCUGGAGCAGAAGGAGCGAGCCCAGAGGUGUUUUGUUUCCUACCUGCGUUCCAUCUAUCUGAUGAAAAACAAAGAGGUGUUUGACGUCUAUAAACUGCAGAUUAAGGAGUACGCUCUGUCGCUGGGCCUGGCUGUGGCCCCCAGGGUGCGCUUCCUCAGUACUGCCCAGAAACAGAGAGCAGAGGAGGAGCAGUCUGAUGGAGAGGAAGAACUGCAAAGCUUUAAGGCCCAAAUGAGACAGAAGGUGCCCCUGGAAUGUGACCCAGAAGGAAACGUGGAAUCCUCCGCGGCACAUCUGGGCGACAACAGUGAAGAUGAGGACGAUCUUCGGGACUUAGAACUGCUGACGGUCAAAAGAAAAGACGUCUUUGACGAGUCCGGGGACUCGGAGUGUGCAGAGGACGCUACCCAGGAUCCGAAAAACAACACAGGAACGGAAACAAAGUACAAAGAGGCCAAAAAGCUCCUAAAGAGAAACUUCCAAAUCAAUACCAAAGUGGCUUUUACUGAAGAAGGAGAGGCUGUGCAGCUUUGGCCGCCAGCGCAGCAAACAGUAGCUGGCGGGGGCGAGGACGAAGAGGAAGAUGUUUUGGGCAUCGACAUGGAAAAGGCCAGAGAGAGGUUGAGACGUGAGGACCAGGAGUUCGACAAGCCACAGUACAGACGCAAGGUCCAGGCCAAACACAGAGAGAAGAGGCUGAAGGCCAAGGAGGCCAAGAGGGAGGCCAGCAGGCAGCGCCGCAGGUCUGAGGAGGAGGAGGUCGUGGCGUACUUGGCCAGUCCCAGCGAGGGCGACUUUGACUACAGCGCCCUGCCAGACCCCGAUCAGUUGUACUCAUCUGAGGAGGAGGAGGAAGGGUUCUCUAAACGACAGCACAGGAGCGACGAAGAGGAGGAGGAGCUUCCAGCAGUCAAGAGGAAAAAAGGAGUGCAGCUGGAUGUUGAGAACACAGGCCUGGAUACUGGCCUCUCUCUGGCUGAAGAUGAGGAGCUGGUCUUACAUCUGUUAGGUGGACGAAGGUAGAGACUGACGACCAGAGGGUGAACUUCCAACACGUUAGACCUGGCCCUGCUGCCAGCGUAGAUCUGAGUGUCCUUCACACUGUUGUAACACGGGAAUUUCUCAAAUUAGUGGGCCGGUCCGCCGUCUCCUUACAGGACAAAUAGGAUGUGGUUAAGCUGUUCAGGCUAUGGUUGAGCACGUUAUCGUCCUCCCAGCCUCCAUAUUUCUGUUGUCUGCCUGGCUUCUGUUUCAGAAGGAAACUACCAGAUCAGCUUAAUGCUGCCAUCUUUUUCCAGGUGUACUAACAGGAGCUUCUCCUCAUGUAACGUAAUCAGUUUUGUCAUUUAAAAUGAAUAAAUCUAUAAAUGAGACAACA